ACUGUCCCGAGGAGGAGCGGUAUGUGGAACAGCCGACGCGAAUCAAACGUAAGAGAAAUCAUCGAUAGAUGCGAUCCCGAUGAUUACGAUUACAUCGUCGAGAAGCUCGUCGUGAAGCGCGUGCCGCUUGCGCUUUUCGCGAUCCCAGCUGAUCUCGCGAAUCGACGCAGAUUCGAUGACGCGUCAUUGAUGCCGGAUGACAUUUCGCAAUCCUCGUCCUUAUCUGCGUUUAACGGGAAUAAUCCUGCCAUUACACGAGGAACGUAUCUCACCUCGACGAGGAUGGAUAGAACUGUAUAUGAUUCUGCGGCGAAUAAAACUCUGCCAAAAUCUUCGAUUUGGAAACAGGGAAUUCCAAAUAAAUUCAAUGCUCUCCAUCCGAACUUGAGGGAAUUCGAAAAACCGUCUAAAAAUCCACCGAAUUUUCCGCGAAGCAAAUUGUCGUUCGCAGAGGACAUUUCUGUGGCGUCCAGCACUGACAUUUCCUCCAGGACCUCAACGUCUUCCGUAAUUAUUCAGAACGAUGUUUCAAUCCAGGACGAUUCUGCUCGUCACGAAUCUAUUAUUAAGAGCGAAAUAAAUGACAAAUUAAAAAAGGAAGAUAUCUCGAGGCAAGCGCAAAAUCCAUCCACUGUAAAAGAUCAAGGUAAAUUUAUUCUUGGACGGAACCGGAAAUAUAUUGUAUCACCAUUUCAAGUGAAACGGGGCUCUCUUGAUUUCACGAAACCGAAAAACAUCGUCGAAAAUUUCGGCGUAGACGGCAAGUCGCUAACGUAUAUUGAAGAAUCUGCGGAGGAAAAAUCCUCGGAAUUAGCGGAAGAUUCGAAAGAUUGCAAUUUACAAUCAAAUACAGCAGUCAGAUGGCGAAUCACUAUUAGACGUCGGCGCGAAAACGCGGAGUCGCGUUCUUUAGAAGGGGAAAUGCAUCGGUGAGGACGUAUCCUUGCACAUAUCAUCAGCUGUUGUUCACCUGCUUCUAUAUACGUUUUUGCACCUGUGGACGUUGCCGCGGAAACGAGCGUAGCAUCAUAAUGGCAGCG